AUGAUUCUGGAUACUGGUGCAUCGGUGAAUAUGGUCUCUCCAGAAAUGUUCAAGAAGCUAGAAAAUUGUGUCAACUUGCGUCAUACUGACACUCAGGUAUUUUCGUUCAACACAGAAAACCCACUGGAGCUCAAGGUAUCGUUUCAUGCGGAAGUCCCGUCUGAAUCAACUAAUCUAAAGACGAACGCCACAUUUUUUGUUGCAAACUGCAACAAAAAUGCAUCACAUUGCAAAUCACUGUUGAGCUACCAUACCGCGGAAGAAUUGGGACUAGUGCAAAUUGCUAAUGCUCUUUCUCAUGUGUCAGAGGAUCCAGAAGUUAAUCGUAUCGUGAGUGAAUAUGCUGACCGAUUCAUAGGCAUUGGUAAACUUAAUGAUCGCAAAGUCGAGCUACACAUUUACAAGAGAGUGACACCAGUAGCACAGCAGCACCAACGAAUUCCAUUCCAUAUUAGGAAACCACUGAAAAAGGAGAUUGAGGAGCUUGAUGAGCUGGACAUCUUUGAAGAUGUAGAGGGUCCAACUCCAUGGGACAUUGAAGGCGUGAUCAACAUCAGUGAUGACUUACUCAUCCAUGCUAAAACGAAGGAAGCACAUGAUCGAGCACUCUGCUUAGUGCUGCAACGCCUACGCGAAAAAGGCCUGACUCUCAAUCUCAAGAAAUGCCUCUUUUGUCUCUUGCCCGACCCAAAGAAGCUCUCAGCUCUAAAAAAUGCCGCUGAUCCAGCUACACCAGCUGAAGUGCGAAGCCUACUAGGUUUAGCCAACUACUGCUCUGGAUUCAUCCCAGACCUAGCCACCAUUGUGGAGCCACUCCAGAAGCUGACUCACAAGAACACUGAAUGGGAGUGGACAACGGAACAAUCAGACGCAAUCAAGAACCUGAAGCAACGCCUCACCAGUGAUACUGUGAUGGCAUACUUUGAUCCGAAUAAGGACACCCAUGUCGCAGUAGACGCCAGUCCUGUAGGACUUGGUGCAAUCAAGCUAAAGACUUUAAAAAAAGGGGUUCUCGCCUUACAACAAAAAAGGGAUGUCCGGCUCAGAACCUUAGACACGGAAUUCGGGACUGCAACGGCAGUUCUCGAAAACGCAGAUAUCAGCGAAGAUGAUAUUGCCGAAGUGGAGGGACAUCUCGAGGAGAUGAACGAUCUGUACCAGACGAUACUUGAAAUGAACGAACAAAUUGAGAAGCAACUAACCGACCUGAAAGAUAGUGACGCCAUCGACAAGGAAAUUACCGACAGCAGCGCAAUUCGCAGUCAAAGUAGAAUAAAACUGCUGAAGGUCAAGAAUUCGUUAGCUCGACAAACAAAACGGAAUACGACUUCGAGCCCAGAUGUCACAACCGAAAGAAGGAAGAAUAAGACCGCCCAGUUGCCGAAGCUAAAAUUACCGAUAUUUGACGGUAAAUUCACGGCGUGGACAGCAUUCUGGGACGCCAUCGAGGCUGACGUCAUCAAAGGAGACUACGCGGACAUUACAAAAUUCAAUUACAUAAUAGGACAACUCACAGGGAAUGCCAAGGAUGCUAUCACCGGACUACACCCGUCCGGAGAAAAUCUACCAGCUCUCAUCCAACUAUUGAAAGACAGAUUCGGUCAACCAAGGAAAAUAACGAGAGCUCACGUCUACAACCUCCUUGAUAUAACUCCGCCAGGGGGUCACUACGCCAGCCUCCGGGAAUUUCACAACAAGAUUCUUGGUGACAUACGGUCACUUGAAAAUAUGGAUGUAUCAAUAGAACAAUGUGCAACCUUUAUAGUUCCUGUCAUUGAAAGAAAAUUACCAAAAUUUCUGCGCGAGAAAAUCGGUACCGCCGGUCAAGGAGACCGUUUCCAGGUUAAAAAAUUCAUGGAUCGAUUCACUGAGGAAUUAGAGAAUAUAAGCGAAAGAAUGGAUACACCAACGACAGCAACGCAGCAGAGGAAUAAUUCUCACGCAGGAAAUAACAGGAUCUCCGUGGAAUCGUUCGUGAGUGUGCCGAAUACUACUUAUACUAAACCACCGCCGCAAAACUACAACCGACCAAAAGUGUGCCCUUUCUGUGCAGGACCGCAUAACCCUUUCGAGUGCAAACUACCAGCGCAUGAAAAGUUCAUUGCCGUGCGUCAACAUAAACUUUGCUCCAACUGCCUCGGACCGCAUUUCUACCGGGAAUGUCAAAAUCAAAAAAGAUGCCGCACAUGCGACCGGUUUCAUCACACCAGUCUGCAUGAUUAUUUCGCCAAUUCAUCCAGAAUAAACCCGCCUCGAAAUAAUUCUCAACAACACGCAACUAGUGGCUGUGCCAUUGCGCCACAAAGUCAUUGUACCGUUACCGUUAGAAAGGAACAACCGCCAAUCGCAAACCCACUGGAUACCGAAAAUACACAUGCCAUCCCAAGUGAGACUCAAAACCAGGAAAAGUCCAAACCCAAAGAACAGGAAAUGGAUAUCAUCCUACUCGAAACCGGGAAAGUCAAACUCCUAAAUGACGACAAAGAAACCAUCGCCGGUGUCCUCAUCGAUAGAGGAAGUAUGGUAACUUACAUCAGCAAGGAAGCCGCUACAAGGUUAGGAUUGAAACCCCACCGUAAAAGACCGCUAAAUGUGAAUGGAUUCGCCGGACACGUCACCAAACGCAUCUAUGACGCAGCCUACGUCAACGUUAAAACAAAUGACGGAAUUCAAACCAUCGAGGCCCUCAUAUCAAACGAUGAAAUCGUGAAACCCAUCACUCAGAUAGGCUGGGACGCCUGCCAGGAGUAUAAUUAUAUUGCUGGGCUUGAUUUAGCCAAUGAUUUCUCAGAUAGGGCCCUGACUAUCGAUUUAAUGUUAGGAGUUGAUUUCGCAUUCGAAUUCCUCGAAAACCGCAUGGUAAAAGGAGACGGGCCGACUGUCCAGUUUAGUAAUAUAGGAUGCUUUGUCUCUGGACCGCUGAGGCCAAAAAUGACACCCACCAUUAUCACCACUGCUUCAAGUGAAGCUACACCUCAUAAGGUAGCGAUCCAGGAUAACGAACUUGCCUUUUUAGAAUCAUACCUACAAGCCAAUGCCUUGCAUACCAGUGACGUCACCGACACGGAAUACGACCAAAAGUUCAAAGACGAAUACCUGAGCAAAAUACAAUACAAGGAUAGCCGAUAUUACGUGCCCCUGCCAUGGAGGACAGACCAUCCUGAGCUGCCCAACAAUCUGGAAACCUGCAAAUCGAGAAUAAAACAAGUCAUGGGAAGAUUGCGUAAGUUAGAUUUAAUUGAUGCCUACGUCAAUGUCAUGCGUGAAAACAUAGAGAAAGACUUUGUGUCUGAAAUCUCCCAUGAGUCUACAGCUGACACCGAAGGUUACUACGUCCCUCACUUCCCAGUCCUACGAGACAGUGAGACCACACCCGUCAGGAUUGUGUUUGAUGCAAGCAGCGGAUCUCCAUCUCUGAACGACUGCCUGUACGAAGGACCAAACAUGCUGCAGGAUUUGAAUGAAUUGCUGAUGCGCUUUCGUGUUGCCAAAAUAGGACUCACCGCCGACAUCGCCCGCGCAUUUCUAUCCGUACGACUGAUGGAAUGCGACCGAAAGUACGUGAAAUUUCUUUGGUAUAAGGAUAAUGACGUCACAAAGGAAAUUGUACCAUACGCCUGUAACACGAUAAUAUUCGGCAAUGUAUCAAGCCCCUUUGCCCUUGCCAUUACGCUACAAAAGCAUCUCGCCGCCCAUGCUGAUUCUCCUGUGGCUAAAGAUAUGCAAAAUAAACUGUAUGUGGACAAUCUCUUAACUGGAGUGGACACUGAUGAAGAAGGAUUAGCAUACUAUCAUGAAUCACGUGGAUUGUUAAAUGCCGCCGCCAUGCAUCUCCGUCAAUGGGGCUCAAACUCAGAAAAGCUUACCAACCAGAUUCAAGCAGACGGAUUACAAACUAAGUCAAAUGACGUCGGAGUCCUCGGUCUCAAAUGGGCCACCAAAUCGGAUAAACUGUUCAUUGCAAAAAAGGAGUUACCAUUGCCACAGGCACUUACAAAGCGGAUCGCAACUUCACUAACCGCUUCCGUUUUCGACCCACUGGGGUUAAUAGCACCAAUGACUGUUCCCGCCAAAGCAUUUGUAAAUAAACUCUGGAAGCAAAAUAGCAAUUGGGAUGAAAACAAGUCAUCACAGGACCAAGAACAAUGGAUAAAGAUAGCCGAAAACCUCAGACAGGUGAAUGAUGUGAAACUACCACGUUGGCUAGGUGCCAACACCAAAAAACCACUUGAAAUCAUUAUAUUCUGUGACGCAUGUCCAACCACCGCACUUGGAUGCGUCGCCUACGCUAAACAGGAUACCACUAUCGCGCUGUUAGGAUCCAAAAACAAAGUCAUAUCCAGCAAAAACGCACACCAAACAGUACCAAAACUUGAACUGAUGGCCAUGGUGAUGGGAGUUGAAUUCGGCGACACCCUGCGUAAAAUCUACGCAAAGGACUACCCAGCGAUUGAAAUUACCUACACCACAGACUCUGAAAUCGCCCUCUACUGGUUGAAGUCAGGAAAGAAACUCAAACCCUUCGUACAGAAUCGUGUAAACAUCAUCCGGGAGAAAUCCAACCCCAACUCAUGGUAUCACGUGGCAACAGAUGAAAAUUCCGCCGAUAUCCUGUCCCGAGGUGCUGCACAUGAAGAAUUACAGAGAUCGUCAUGGAUCACAGGACCUAAAUGGUUAACCCAGCCAAGGCAUACAUGGCCCCUCAAGAAUAUACAGGACAAACCUGAAAUCGCGAUAACCCUUGCCGCAGGAGUAGAAAUGGCAAAUGUUUUUCAACCAGCCAGUCAAAACAUAAACAUAAGCAAUGUCAUAGAUAUCAACAGGUUUAGCUCAUUGCAGAAACUUCUCCGAGUCACCGCGCUUGUGACACGCGCCUUCAGGUCAGGACCAAUCAACCGUAGCAUGCUUACUGCAGAGGAUGUAAACAAAGCCGAGAAAUUAUGGAUAUCACAUAUCCAAACCACAGCAUAUGCAGACGUACUGACCUACUUCCAAUGCCUCCACUCCGGGAGGGCUACCAGGUUUCCUAAACGCCCAGCCAUCAUUAACCAGCUCGGACUAUUCAUAGAUAAAUCGAACAUUAUCCACUGCGGGGGGAGAAUCUCCGCCGCUGAUGUGGCACCGGACCGCAAAUAUCCGAUUCUACUGCCCCACCGAUCCUACCUGACAACAUUGGUCAUUCAAAACGCUCAUCAUACCAUGGUUCACUAUGGUGUUGGCUCAACCAUGGCACACCUUCGUAACAAAUACUGGAUUACGUCCAUGCGGGCGUCAGUGAAGAAAGUCAUUGGACGCUGCGUCAUCUGCAAGAAAGUAGCAGGCCGGCCAUACCUCACACCCGUCGCACCACCACUACCAGAAUUUCGAAUAAACGAUCUAACCGCCUUCAAAUCUACAGCAGUGGACUUUACAUCGCAUCUCUACGUGCGAGUCAAUAACACCACUCAGAAAGUGUAUGUCUGCCUCUUCACUUGUUGCACAACACGCGGUGUACACUUAGAAAUCACUCCGGAUCUUACAGUGGAAUCUUUCAUCAGAUCUUUCAGACGAUUCACGUCAACACAUUCCACACCAAGCCUCAUAUAUUGCGACAAUGCUAAAACUUUCACAGGAGCCGAUGCAGAACUCAAACGCUUAUACAACAUUACACUGAUUAAGGAAAUCCAGGCUACCAUAAACAACAGACCACUUACAUAUCUAUCAGCGGAUCCGAAGGAACUGAAGGCCAUCACGCCAAAUAACCUCAUCUACGGACAUGAUGUCACAUUGUUGCCAAAUGAAGACAUGCAGAAUGAAUCAUUUGAUCCAACAUACGCCGGUCGCGAUAAGCUUGAAAAAAUAGCACACAAACGCGCUCAACUCCUAGAAACGUUCCGAACACGCUUCUACGAUGAAUACCUCGCGAGAUUGCGGCAACAGCAUCAAUAUGAACUCAGAAAGCAAAACGCAAAAAGUGACGUCAUAAAACUCGGCGACGUAGUGCUAGUACACGACAAGGACACGCCCAGAAGAAAAUGGAAACUCGGAAUAAUCAUGGAACUGCACCCAGGAAUCGAUGGAUUGACUCGGUCAGCACUAGUGCGCACCGCAACUGGAAAAUCAAACCGCCCGAUUGGAAAAUUGUACCCGCUAGAGCUAAAUGUUGACGAAUUAAUCGAGCAGACCGCAUCUGAAAAAACUGUUUUGAACAAAAAUGAAACGAGUCGCCCUAAAAGGUCAACCGCGGACCUUACUAGGCUGAGGAUCAGGGAGAAUCUAGACUAUUACGAACAGUAA